UGCGAAAAUGCAGAAACCACUUUAGCUCAAGCGAUUGCACGUAUCUUUCUAGUCUUUUCGAAGAGAGGCUCAUUUCCUCAACUUCCUCUCGCGUCUUGCAGAUCCCCCUCUCCCUCCGAGUAUGCUCCAACCUCAUUACACGGAGUCGCAAGAGCGCAAAGCAUCUCUCCACCGUGUGAUGUCACUGGGGAAUCGAUCCAAAUACCCCUCGGCUUCUUUUCCUAUUGACAGUCUCUGUCCGCCCUUAUCACAAUCAGCUUGCCCCGAUCCUUUCGACCGCUCUCGACCUGCCACGCGAAUGGUGGCACACCCGGAGACUCGCUUUGACGCUUGCUUAGUGUCUGCUUUCAGCGGUCUCGAGUGUCACCACAACCUGUGUGUUUUCUCACCAGAAUGGCGUUCAGUAGCGAUGUCGGCAACAAACCACUCAAGCCCCGUUCACGCGAAGGUCUACAGCUGAGACCCCUGAAUGUUGAGAAAGGAUCAGAUAGAUAUUCUUCUGCAAAUAAUACCUAUCCCCCACAAACGGCGACAUGGCGAAACAAUCUGAUUGCGCUGUCGCAGCGUCGCAAUCUGCUCUUCGUCGCCUACAACCAUCAAAUCUACGUCUGGCAACCCGCAGGGUCUUAUCAGACGCUAGGCAACAAGCCUGAGAUGGUUAUCACCCCAGUCAUGCGAGAGCCCAAUGCUGAGGGCUAUAUCCUACCGUCAUCUCCUCAUGCAAUCAACAACAUUCUCGUCGACGACUUGGGCCGUGAGGAGGUGUUGCUACUUGUCACUGACUCGGGCAACGUCUGCGGUUAUCGGGUUGAGGCUGUGUACUCGGCGCUGAAGCGAGCAGAGGAGGGCAACGAGAGUCGGAUCCUCGAUGGUUCACAGGUCGACCCGUUCUUCGCCGAAUAUGUUGAAGCCAGUGCCUGGGGCUUGGCCAUUCAUAAGUUCGCCCGUCUGAUCGCCGUGACCGCCAACACAGGCCAGGUCACGGUUUUCGCCUUCGCUCUGGUCGACUCCACCUCUGAUAAGAGCAGCGAGUCUGAUUGCGACCCGGAGGAAGAGGAUGAUCUUGCCGACUACGGUCACACCUGGCUGCAAGUCAAAAGCGGGGAGCAGUUGGCCCAGCUACGGCACUUGAUGCCGCACAAACAUCGAACGCGAAAUAUCAGGUUGACAUACACAGGCCAUUUCGCCAACAUCCCAUCGGUUGGCUUUUUGAACUGUGAUCUCGAUCCCAAUGGGAUGUGGAUGGUCAGCACGGAUAUUGACAACAAGCUUCUCGUCUGGAAGAUCUGGGAAAGUCUCGGGCCCUUUAAUGUCUACCACUUCAACGACGUCUCGUUCAAGUCAUUCCCGGAAUCGUUGCAUCUGGAAGAGCGUGGCUGGGCGGUACUCGCUUUGGACCCUCGGAGCUUUCAUUUGCUGAAGUCUCCGGAAGAAGCGUGCGGCGGGCCCCCUCAACGGCGGGUCAAAAAUGGCCAAGCAGUAUACGACUUGACAAGAAUGAACAGCAAGAUCCCAAAGGCUUCUCAGAUAUACAAUUAUUUUCCGCCUGCGCCUAAGAUUGAACCGGAACAGCCGCUGCUGCCCGAUAUCUUCGGACCAGACUGUCGUAUCAACAGAUCUGCUGAUGCCUAUCACGGUCUCAUCACAGAUAGCUCACAAGGGACCCCCCGUUGGAAUCAAAGCGAAGACUCGAUCGCAGAGCUCCGACGACUGAAUGUCCCGUCUGCAACCAUUCGACCUUUAGACUCGGCUGAUGCGUCCAGCUACCGCGCCGUAGACGGCUCUGUCUUCGAGGACAAUCUAAGCCAGCACAGCAUAUCUGACACGGAGAUGAGUACGGGACCUCUUGACACCCAGGGUCAACAGAAUGAUGGCACGCCUUUCCCUGCCGGUCAAGCCCCGUUGACGACUCCGGAGUUUCUCCAAUUCGCGCUUCUCGAAGCACUCGGCGGUGAUGCUCCUGGAGCCGAGUAUAGUGAUGAUGACAUGGAAGAAUACUCCGAAUCCGAAGAUGACUGGCACGGCGAGCGGUAUUACACUGGACUGGACGAUGCCGAGUCAGACGAAGCGUCUGCGAUGGCAGCCCGAUACCAAGUCUUUGACCCGCCCAUGAGCUCCAAUUUUCCAAUCCUCCAUUUUUCUCAAACCGACAUCCGCCUCAUCCCCCACCCCUUUGCCACGCACGCUAAGGUCGUGUGCGGCGAACCUCUACGGCAACCCUUCACACACCCCAUCGUCUCCAUUCGGUCCUGCGAUCGCUUUAACAUGGUCAAGUAUAUUCCCGAGCACGGAAUCGUCGUCGCAGCGUCUCAAAAGGGGCGUGCGGCCAUCAUAGCCCUCACUGAGUCCGAGGCGACAGGACAAUCCUUCCGCGUCGACUGGAUUGUCCCCUUCGAGCAUCAAGAGAAAUAUGGCGACCGUCCUCUGAUCCCCCUCUUGGGUAUGACCGUGGGUCCGGCGCAGGGGUUUGAGAUGCCUCCCGACGUGCCCUAUAUUCCACGUCACGUAAGGAACAACGACCUCACGUUUCGAUAUAAGCAUUCGAACCUCAGCAUGAGCCCUCAUGAGCAGCCGGAUCCUGCUUUGGUCACGGAGAGACGAGCGAGCAGCAUAUCACAACCCCCGAGACGAAAUUCCACCCUCCGCCCGAGACCUUCUCACCAUCGCCAACUCCGAAGAAAAUGGUCUGCUGUUCACGGGCACGAUCCACAUCCGUCGACCGCGUUCGCCCCCACUGCGUACGAGGAUCCCACGUCAACUCCGAGUUCCACAAUACCCCAGGCCUCAACCUCAUCUACCUCCCCCACUACUACUCAACGACCAGCCAGAUCACCGUCCAGCACCCCCUUUACCCUUCCCGAAUGCCACGCCCUUGCUACCCGCGCCUACUACCCCGAAGAAAGCUGGCGGGGAUGGAACCCCUCUCGACGGUAUCGGUUAAUGCUCAUGUACGCCGAUCACACACUGAUGAGCUACGAGUUCUGGUACAGCUGGAAUACGGCGGGAGAAAACAGCGGGACGGGAGAGGAUGAAGUGGACGAGGUAUUGUUUGUCUAGGUUUAGUUUUGCGCAGUAUAUUAUUUCAAUCUGUUUAAAUAUCGAAAGAAUGAACCAGAUGAACCAGAUGAUUU